AUGGCCGCCUCCCCGCCAGCAGCAGACGUGAUGGACACAAGCGACGAAAUGAACUCUGUAAUGGACUCUAAUGAGCGUUUGGCACCAGAAAAUGGAGAGGAAGCCGGAGAGAAAGACUCGGGUAAAACUAAACAACCAGAAGCGGAGGAACCUUUCAAGAAACCGGCUCUUUUUGCGGCGCCUAGCUUCACCGCAAAACGCACCAACGUCACUGCUCCGUCCAAACCCAUCACAGAAAAUAAAGCUGACGGCGAAGGCAAAACUUCUGAAAAAGGCCAAGAAAAGGACAAAAAGUCCGAAAAGGACAAAACCAAACCAGAAGCUAAACCUCGAGCGUUCACUCCUAAAGCCCCCCAAGUUGGCAAAUUACCCCCUCUCCCUUACACAGAGCCUCCCUGGGGUGGCACUGCUUCAGAUACCCCGUACGCUCUUGAAAUCCUAAAAAAUGGCACCAUAGUGGAUCAGGUACCAUUAGUGGACAAAAGCUACUUUGUGGUUGGACGUUUACCUGUGUGCGAUCUCUCCCUGGAGCACCCCUCAAUCUCCAGAUACCACGCAGUGAUUCAAUACCGUGGAGAGGCCGGAGAGGACGCGGGCUGCAUGGGAGAAGAGAAGGGCUUCUACAUCUACGACUUGAGCAGCACGCACGGCACUGUGGUGAACAAGAACAAGAUCCCACCGAAAACUUACAUCAGAGUCCGCGUGGGGCACGUGUUGAAGUUUGGAGGAAGCACGAGGCUUUUUAUCCUGCAGGGUCCAGAGUUUGAUGAGGAAGACGAGUCUGAACUGACAGUGACAGAGUUGAGGGAAAAAGCUCGCAAACAGAAGGAAGAGCUGGAGAGGAGGAUGAUGGGAGAUGGUUCUGAUGAGGAAAAGGAAGAAAAGGAGGAGGAUGAAAACAAGGGCGAUGGCAGAGUGUCAAAUGAAGACUCUGGCUGUUCGUGGGGAAUGGCCGAAGAAGCAGCACCAGAGGAAGACGAGAACGAGGAAAACCCCUUUUCAACAGAAUUCCACGAAGACCAGGAAGCAGCCUACCUGAAGGACCCCAAGAAGGCUUUGCAGGGCUUUUAUGACAGAGAAGGGGAGGAGCUGGAGUUUGAGUAUGAGGACAAGAACCACGGCACCUGGCUUUGUAGAAUAAAGCUGCCGGUGGACGACGCUACGGGUCGGCAGCUGGUUGCAGAGGUGACCCACACAGGAAAGAAGAAAGAAGCUGCCAUCCAGUGCUGCCUGGAGGCGUGUCGAAUGCUGGAAGCCAGAGGGCUGCUGCGCCAGGAAGCAGUGUCCCGUAAGCGCAAGAAGAAGAACUGGGAAGACGAUGACUACUAUGACAGCGAUGAUGACACCUUCCUGGAUAGAACCGGCACAGUGGAGAGGAAAAGGCAGGAACGAAUGAAGAAAGCGGGAAAGCUCGAGGAGCGGCCCGAGACCUAUGACUCACUGGUGGCCAAACUGGAAGAGGUGGAGAAGGAGUUGGCAGAGACUCAGAAAAAGCUCAGUGCUGGAAAAGGAGAGUCUUUGACGUCAUCGACUGAGGACUCGCUGGAGGCCUUCAUGACCGCAGUGAAAAGCGAGGUAGCGAUGGACGCGGUGGAGCGCAGGAAGCUUCACGUGCACAUGGCCGACUUGCGGAAAGAUGCUCAGAGGCUCCGCAAACUGGUUGAACUCACGAGGCCAGCGCAGAUGCCCUCCUUGCUGCCCGGCAGCUCAGAGCAGAAGUCGAAAAAGACCCUGCCGAUGUUUGGAGCCAUGAAGGGAGGGAGCAAAUUCAAACUGAAAACUGGUACUAUUGGGAAGUUGCCUCCUAAGCGGCCUAACCUGCCUGCUGAGCUCUUCAACAUGAAAGAACUUCCACCUGAUGGGGAAGAAGAAGAAGAGGAGGAGGAGGAGGAGGAAGAAGAAGAAAAAGCACAAGAAGAAGGGGAGGCAGUGGCAGACAAAAGUGAGGAUAAUGAUGAACUACCUGGUAAAAGUAUUGCUGAGUCCGGCGCAUCGACAUCUAAAGAAUCGUCUCCUUCUGAGAAUAAAAGAGAUCAACUUAAAGUCUCAGAACACCUGAAAGAUCAAAGCCACAAACAGCAGAGGAGGAGUGGGGAGUCUGAAGCAGCGGAGCAGGUUCCCGAGCAUAGCGGCAACAAGCCGGCGGCCCUUUCGAGUCCAGAGUCCAAAUCCAAAGGUGCCGGCGAGCCAGCGACAGACCCCAGCCCCAAGAAAAAGAAGAGAGCGAUGGGCCCCGGCAGGCCUCCUGUGCAGCUGUCAGCACAGUAUCCACAAGACGACCCCGAUUAUUCUGUGUGGGUGCCUCCUGCAGGUCAGACUGGAGAUGGACGCACACACCUAAAUGACAAGUAUGGCUACUGAGGGGGAAACAUAACAGAGCUCUUCUGUUUCUACGCGAGAUAAUACCUGCAGUACAAAGCCUCCAGUCUCCUUAGCCCCGACCAUUAACCCCCUCCAACCCAGCCCAACCACUGCUUAACAACACAGAAGCCUGUAACAGAGCGGGACGGGCUGAGACAGUAAUGCUGCACGUUUUUACUUCUCUCUCUAGGAGAUUAUUCGAAACGGCACACCGUUUGGGUUCACAUUAAACAAGCAGAGCGGACUCUGGGCAGCCAGUGUGCUGGCACUCUUCCCCACUCAUAAUAAUGGAGUUGGAUAGCACUUGAAUUUUUUACUUUUUAAAGAAAAAAAUUAAAAGGAAAGGUGGGAAAUUUCAAUUGAAUUUUGAGCAGAAAAUAUGAGGAGACAGAGCAAGAGCAGCAACUGAUCCAAAUUCAGCUUUCUAGUCUUUGGCUGCUCCUCUUGCAGUUAAAUCCACCUGACAUCCAAUCUGUAUCCCUCCCCUGUUUGGCUUCAGUCGCUUGCUGGCAUAACCUUUUUUUUCCUCCUCCAAAGGAGUGUGUGUAGCAGGGAGGGAGAAAGAGGGAGAGCAUUGGAGCAGCUUUUCUGACCAUCUGGACACUUGGAUAGCUUACUGGAUGAAACGCAAGCUGAUAAUGACUCAAGCUAAGUGGAGUGUGUGUGUCUGUAUCCAUUCAGACACACACACACAGCCCAACCUUCUCAAAGUUCUAUUUUUUUUUUUUUUAACAAGAUUGCCUUUAUGAGCGAGUUAGCGGUUGGUGUGCGUUUGCCCGGAGCAGGAUUCCUCGCUUUGCAAAAUCCCACUCAUUGCUGUUCUCUUGGUUUCCUGCCAGACUUUCCACCCUCUUUCCUGUUGUCUUUGCUCAAAACACAAGUUAAUAAACUGUAUUUUGUUACAUAAAUGUAUAAUAAAAUUGUCUGUACAUAA